UGAAUCAACAUGAAUGGCGUACGAUUUCUUAUUUUAUUUAUGACGUUCCAAAAUACCAACGAAUAUCAACGGAUUUGCAGAAGAGGCUAGUUGGGUCAUACUUGCUGCUACCAUAUACGCCUACCAUAUACGCUACCAUACCUAUGUCCAAGUAGGGACUGGUUUACUUCAGUCAUGGCGUCAGCUGGUAACAAGCUAAAUAUUGGGCAAGAACCUGUAUGCCAUGCCAUAGACUUGGGUGAUCUCGACUUCUGUAUACUGGAAAGGCUGCGGAAGAUGCUAGAUGGAACGUUUGACUUCUGGAGAGAUUUGGGUGCAGAAAUGCGUAUUGACAAAGAUUUCAUGGCAGAGAUUCCGAUAAAGAUUCAGCAAGGAAGGAGUCCCUAUGAAUUGUUACAUAAUGUAUGGAAGAGCCAAAACAAAACGGUCACCGAUCUUUAUCUGGUACUGGUGCGCACUGACCACCUGCGAGCUGCCAGGGUCCUGAGAGAUCUCGUUGAACCUCAGUAUCGUUUGCUGUGUGAUGUGGGUAGUACCACACAUCUGCCAGGACAUCAGGCAAGAGGGAAACCAGUGAAUGAAUCGGAUUUGCCACCUCCACCAGCACCUCCUAGUGCUAGUUAUUACAACGAAGACAUUGGUGUCCGUUUCAACUUUGUCCCAAAUAUCAGUGGAUCGAGUAAAGUUGGUGUACAAGACACAUGUUUUGAAAUGGACACAGGUUACCCAUCACGACCUGGACCACGGCCCGCGCCCAGCGAAACCACUGACGUGUGGUCGCAGUCAGACAGCUGCAACAUCACUCGCUCUAGCUCCUCCUCUCUCGACGACAGCUGGAACGACAGCAUUGCUUUCGAGAAGAGGCGGGCAGCAGCGGGCGACUACUACCCUGGCUAUGCGAGCGCGUUCGCGAUGGAGAAGGAGCGCAGGUGUAACGUCCACGGCGCUGAGGGGGAUGGUCCACAGCGCUUUCCCGUCGCCGCUGACACAUGUGGCGACCGAUCCUUGGAGCCGUCGGCAGUUCACAGCUGCGAUUGUGCUCUGAUGGAAGGAAGUUUGUUAUCGUGCUCGGAUGGCAGAACCAGCACCACCUUGGGGCAGCAAGGCAGCGGGCGAGAGCAGCGAGUGUGUGCGGAGGCGGAGUCUGUGGCGUGCGCGAUCAUGCGGACGCAGCACGUUUCAUAUGAUGAGCUGUAUGAGGCGACAGCCGGCUUCGCUGCUGAUCAUGAGCUGGGUCAUGGAGAGUUCGGCAUCGUCUACAGAGCGCGCGUACGAUCGUCUGCCGUCGCCGUCAAGAGAUUCGUCAAGAGACAGGGCCUUGUGGUGGAUGAUGCGGCAGAAUGCAAGCAGAUUAACAAUGUUCUGCGUCAUCUAUCGCGAUAUCAGCAUGAGAAUAUCCUGCAGCUGUGCAUGUACAGCAUCGGAGGGCCGGAGUCGUGCCUUGUCUAUCAGUACAUGCCGAAUGGUUCACUGUUGGAUCGACUUCUCUUCAUUAAGGGCUACACUGCCGUGUUAACGUGGCAGCAGAGACUUGCCAUUAUGGAGGGAACAGCAAAUGCCAUUCUGUUCCUGCAUUGCAGUCAGCCACCACUGAUACACGGUAAUGUGAAAAGCGCGAAUAUUCUGCUUGAUAAGCACAUGGAGCCAAAAUUGGGAGACUUUGGACUCGCACAGCCUGCACCCCAAGGAGAUGCUACCCAUGCUACAGUGAGCAUGGUGAUGGGGAGUGCUGGAUAUCUACCACGGGAGUAUUUAGACCGUCGUGAGCUUUCGGCGGAGGUUGAUGUAUACAGUUAUGGUGUGGUGAUGCUAGAGGUAGCGACUGGUAGACAGGCACAAGAGCCAGCAAGCCGAAAAAGCGACUACCUGGUGGACGCCGUGAAAGCACUGAAGAAAGAAGGGCAUAGUUUCACCACGAUUGUAGACAGUCACUUGGAGCAAAGCAGAAUGUGGCUGUAUCUGUCUGAAGAGUUCAUUAACUUGGGUCUGUGCUGCACCCAUCAAGUCAAAAAAAGACGAAUUCCGAUGCAGGAGGUACAAAACCAGUUGGUUAAGAUGCGCCGACAGUGCAAUGAGCUCUGAGCAAAGAUGAAUGUUACAGCUAAUGCUUCCCAGCAGAUUUUAUUGGCACGCUGAUAAUGUUCUCAUGGAGGAUAACAUGAGUGUUCUUGUCAUGUAUUUUUCAUUUAUAUACAGUCAAACAUGAAUAUGAGGAUCACACGAGGGCUCAGUUUCCUUUAUAGACAGGUUCCAUUAUAUCGAGGUGGGUUUACUGUAGUAAUUUCAAUCCAUUGAAACACAAAGUGUCUUUUACUCACAACUAACAAAAUUUGUGACUGCUAACACAGGUUUGGCUUUAUGUAUAAUAUCAGGAGUUAAUAAUAAUAGAUUAUUAUUAUUACUA